UUUUUUAUAAUUUCGUGGCGUGUGUUUGGGCCUCGCUGUUGCUCCGCUUGUUUCUCGGGUGUGUUUUUAUGUUUGUGCGAAGGCGCGCGCGUAUGUGUACAUGCGUGUGAGAAAGAAAGAAGCCGCAAAGGAAAAGCCGUAACCAUUUCUUAGAAAUCUUAUCAAUGAGUUUUUAGCUGGCGUCACAGUAGGAAAAUGCUAACGCAUUUUACAGGUCUUCUUCGCUUGUAGUUCGCUGCAGUUGUCGCCGUUGUUGGUGCAGUAGUUAUUUGUUUGUGUGUGUUUGACGCCGUCGCCAGCGUCUCUGCUACCACGCCCACACUCACAAACACACAGCAUGGCAGCCACGGUGUACAAACGCCUACACAGCGGAGGCAGCCUCCUCACCUCCACAACUUCGCCCGCCCCCGUAGGCGGCACGUCACCCAUGCUGGGGCACUCGCAGCUGACGCGUUCGCUGGAGCGAAUCCUCGAGGAGGCCCACUUUAGCGGCGAAUUGAUACUGACUAAUCGCAAGCUGAAGGAUUUUCCCAAAACAGGCGCAAAGUUUGGCCUCACGGAUACCGUUAUUGCAGAUUUGUCCCGAAAUAGAUUUUGUGAGCUGCCUGAGGAGAUCACAACGUUUGCUUUUCUGGAGACGCUGAUGCUCUAUCAUAAUACCAUACGCAGCAUACCGGAGUCUGUGAAGCAGCUCUCCUCGCUGACUUAUUUGGAUCUGCGCAGCAAUCAGCUGAGCUCGUUGCCACGCGAGAUUUGUUUUUUGCCUCUUCAAGUGCUGCUCGUCUCGAACAAUCGAUUGGCCACGCUGCCCGAUGAGCUGGGCCGUCUGGAUGAGACGCUCACGGAUCUGGAUGCCUCCUACAAUCAGCUGACCGCCCUGCCCGUUCGUCUGGGCGAACUGCGCACCCUGCGUUCGCUCUCGCUGCGCAGCAAUCAGCUGCUCUAUCUGCCACGCGAGGUCACCUGCCUGAGCCUGGUCUCCCUGGACGUGAGCAACAAUCGCAUAGCCAGUCUUCCUCUAGAGAUAAGGCACAUGAGCACAUUGGUGGAACUGCAGCUGGAGAACAAUCCUCUGACCUCGCCACCAGCAAGCCUCUGCAUGCGGGGCCUGGUGCACGUUUUCAAGUUUCUGGAGACGCAAGCAACCAAGGAGGAGAAAGGUGCUCGAGCAGGUGGCAAUUAUGACGGCUACACGACAUUGCGACGUGCGCCGCGUCACAAUUCUAGCGGCAACAUGCUGGAAACGACGUCCACGCAACGACACGCCGUGCGACAUCAAAUCGAUUCGGGCUACAGCACCAGCGACGGGUUGGACAAACGCUGGUCGCAUGAUGCGCCCGGCAAGUCGAAGACUGAUUCGCCGUUGCAUUGUGCCACGCUACCUCGCAUGGUGCCGUCCGCCAGCAACAAUCAGCAGCAGCAGCAGCAGCUGCUGAUGGAUGCAUCGCUCACCUCAAGCACCAGCACCAUUGUGGAUGAAAGUCUGACACUGAGCGCUGGAGCUUCUCCCAUUUCCUCGCCCAGCAAGCGUUCAAUGGAGCAUAUUAGCUACGCGCACUCGAACAGUUCCAGCAACGGCUCAUCUCCGGACCAGGACGAGGAUCUGCUGCUGGACCAUCAUCAAGAGCGCAGCAAUGGCAAGUCAAUCAAGAGUCUCAGCAACAUACAGACCUAUAAGGAAUAUAAGGAUGCAUUGAAGCAGCAGCGCAAUCAGGAGAUUAGCGUAUAUAAGCAAAAGCAUCCCAAUGCGAACUCCAGUCCCAAUGAGGAGGAGCUGCCACGUCUCACCAAUGGGUCAACGGCCACCCUGCCCAAGUCCAUUAUGAAGCAACCCAGCAGCAAUGGCAAUAGCAACAGCAACAGCAACAGCAACAGCAACAGCAACAGCAAUGGCAACGGCAUCGAUGAUGUGGUCAUACCAAAGAAACCUAUACAAAAGGUGAUACCUUCACGCAACACGGAACUGAUGUCAUCAUCAGUAAAAUCACCAGCCGAGGGCAAUGGCGCCAAUUGUGUAGGCUACGUAAAGCCUCAUAGUCCAUUGAAGAAUGGCAUUGGGGUGCUUACAAACAGCAACAGUAACAACAAUGGCUGCACCACCAAAUUCAAUGGUAGUGGCGGUGGUGCGGCUGCUGCUGCCACUGGAAGCAACGUACUAAAGUCACCUGUGAGCAGUAGCAGCAAAUUGGGCAACGUUAAGACACCACGCACAGUCACCUGGAAUCAUGAUAUACCUGCCGAGAAGCUGAGCUUCACCAUGCGAAGAGAGUUUGAUAGACAACGCGAGGAAACCGAACUCAUGUCGCAGCUGCGCAGCAUUAUUGAAACGCGACUAAAGAUGACGCUGCCCGAGGACAUUGCAUCGGCAUUGACGGAUGGCGUUAUACUCUGCCAUUUGGCCAACUAUGUGCGUCCGCGCUCUGUGGCCAGCAUACAUGUGCCAUCGCCCGGUGUGAACAAACUGUCCAUGGCACGCUGUCGACGCAAUGUGGAUAAUUUCCUGGAGGCCUGUCGUCGCAUUGGUGUAGAUGAGGAGUUGAUUUGCUCCUGUGCAGAUGUUGUGCCACAACAAAACGAACAACCACGCGCUGAUGAUGACUAUGACACUGAUGUAUAUGUCAAUGAUAAAGACAGCAGCUACAACAACAGAAAGAGCAACAGCAGCAGCGGUAGUAGCAGCAGCAACAACAAUAACAUUGAUACUAUUGCUGGGCGGCAACAAGUGCCAAAUGCAGUUGCCCUACUGCGCACAGUGGCCGCUUUGAUAGCUCUCGAUGCGAAUCCACAUCAUCAGCAUAUGCGCUGCCUGCAACAGCAGGAACAGUUGCAGCUAAAACUGCAACAGCUGCAGCAAGAGCAAGAGCAACAGCCACAGCCAGAGCAAGCACCAAACUCCUGCACCAAACAGCCAGAACAGAUGUUGCAGCAACUAGAUAAUGUUAUGUAUGAGAAUUGUGUGGAAGCGCAUAUGUCUGAUGAUGAUGUAACACUAACAACAGCAACUUGUAUGCUGUAUGAGCCGCCAAAGCAACAGCAACUGGGUGCAAUGGGUCAGCUGCUGCGCACAGCCAAACUGAAGACCUACGAGAAGAUCAAGCACAAUCUAUGGAAUGCCCAUGGCCAAAAUAGUUUUCAAUUGAACAACAACAAUCGCAUGCUGCAAACGAUUAUCGAAAGCGAACACGAUGUGGCCGCCGCUGGACCGGCUGGCCACUAUCAUCUAAUUGACGAGAAGCAGCAGCAGCAGCAGCAUCAACAACAGCAGCAGCAGCAUCAACAACAGCAGCAGCAGCAGCAACAGCAACAGCCAAAGGAGGAGAAGCAGCAGUCCACAGUGAAAUCUCUUGCCAAGCGCAUUGAGUUCUUCGAGCAGCAGCCCAAGCUGGAGGUCUUCAGCAUCUAUCGCAUUGAUGAACAGCAGUCGCAACUGAAGCAGCUGAAGCAACACGAAGCUGGAACUUCGUUGCUAAAGCACGAUUCCCACACACUGACGAUCAUAUUGUCGUGCGUUUUCAUAGUCACCUUCCUGUGGCUCGUCUUCUUUCCAUUGCCCGGCUAGCACAUAUAGUAGUUAUAUAGUCUAUAUAGCUGCCACUGCCUUUAUGUAUUGCCAAUAGUUUUAAGACAGCUUUUAUGGCGCUUUGUACUAAUCAGAAAAACAUUUACACAUUUAACUCUCGUAGUUGGAGUUCUUGAGGCUGCUUUUAAGUAUUACGCAAAAACCUAGUUGUUAAUUCCAUAAACCCAAAGACUUUGUGUACUACAAGAAACAUUGCGGGUAUUCCCACAAAUUGUAUUUGCUAUCCUGUGAGAUUUAUGUAUGAUUUACAUACGUGAGAUUAUAAAACAUCCAGUUUCAUCAUUAUCAUUUCAAAAGUACAUAUUUUACUAUAUGUAUUUGCUAUCCUGUGAGAUUUCUAAGCAUUCAUGACUAUGUAUACUAUAAAGUGUAAAGCCAAAACCUAUAUUGAGGGUAUUCCCAUAAACCUAUAUACCAACCACAUUAUAAAACAGUUCAUCAUAUACAUUAUUUUCAUUUAAAAACUAUAUCCAUUAUAUAUAUAUAUAUAGAAGCCAAAAGCUAUGCCUAUUCCUAAUUGAUAAGUUACAACGAAACUAAAAAAAAACUUGAUUUGCGAUCCGUUUGUUAGUUGAACUAAGUAGAAAGUAGAGAGGUGUGUUUAACAGUUAGGAUGGAAGGAUAUAGAUAGUUAUAUAAUACAUAUACGGAUUGUUGUUAUUGGAACAGGCGUUGCGUUGUACGGUUUUAACUGAAAGCAGGGACACAAAAUAGUUUGUAAAAAACCAAUCGUGAAAUAGAUAUAAAUGAUAUAGAAAACAAUUGGAAAGCAUCAGCACAAUGCGAGGGCAGUUUAAGGAUCAAUCAAUUAGUUUUUUUCGAACUACCAUCGUAGUUAAUUAUAUAGAUAACAAUUCAAUUCAACUUCAACAAAGAUCAACAAUAUAUAUGCAUACUCGAAAGCACAAUCUUUUGAACAGUCUAUUCAACGCACAGCAAUUCUCAUCUACAAUUUGACACAAAUAGUGCCUUUGACUGUACAAAUAUAGACAGUCAGAAUCAGCUAUAUAUAACUCUACAUAUUUAUACAUAUAUACAACACGCACACAAGCAAUAUUUCUCGAUUUUG